CUUGGCGACAAGAUGACUGGUCUCCAAGAGGAGAUCAAGGGCAAGGUUCUCCGCAAGCCCGACGUCGCUCAGCAUGGCCAUGAUCUGCGCACCGGAGAGCUGAAGCGCCGCCAGCGGGAGCAGGACUUCGUAAGUAAAGAAACAGGAGACGAGUCUAGUGCAGAUCGCGACACGCAGGAAACCAAUGAGCGCCCGCAGGAGCGCACGGGGUCGUCCACCCGGCUCGACGCGGGCCAGGAGAGGCAGCAGGCCGCGACGAUCUCGCCCGAGGGCACGGAAGAUGCCGAGCACCAACGGAAGGGCGGCAAUGUCGAGGAUCAGAAGAUGAUUGACUAA